CGGCGCGGGAGCGAGCAGCGCUCCGGGCCGUACAUAAUACGUGGUGUCUGGGGCUGUACGCGGCGCAGAGAGGAGAUGGGACCAGGGUGGGAGAGCCGCAGCUAGCGCCGCUGCGGUUGCUCAGCCGGCUGAGGGGAGCGCCAGAAGGGACAGGUAGGAAGGAUGAGCUCCUAUGCUGACAUCUGCGGGUCCCGGCACACGCAGGGCAGCACUGAUGGAGGCUACCAACGCUACGGAGUUCGGUCCUACCUGCAUCAGUUUUAUGAGGAUUGCACAGCUUCAAUUUGGGAGUAUGAGGAUGAUUUUCAGAUCCAGAGAUCGCCUAGCAGGUGGAGCUCUACGUUCUGGAAGGUCGGACUCAUCUCCGGGACGGCUUUUUUGCUGAUAGGUUUAACGGUUCUUGUAGUGGGUUUUCUUGUGCCGCCGAAAAUCGAAGCCCUCGGGAAAGAUGAUUUUGUUGUGGUGGAUACCCGUGCCAUACAGUUUAAUGGGUCCCUUGAUAUAUGCAAGCUGGUAGGUGCAGUCUUGUUCUGUGUUGGAGGGUCCACCGUCGCAGCGUGUCUGAUGAUGUCUGCUUUUGCUAAAAGUUACUCCAAAGAAGAAAAGUACCUCCAGCAAAGAUUUAAAGAGAGAAUAGCCGAUGUGAAAGCCCACGCAAAUCCAGUCACAAAAGCGCCAGCGCCGGGAGAGUCGAAGAUACCUGUCACUUUGUCCAAAGUUCAAAAUGUCCAACCUCUCUCUGAAACUUGACCCUGUCCUUGGGUUUUGUUUCUCACUUUAACUGGAAAACAGCAGCUGUUGUUGGCAUAUGUGCUAGUCAAUUACAACAUCGAGUGCUCUGCUAUACAAACAGACAGCUGAUGAGGAAGCCAAUCCAAUGCAAAUUUAGGAUUGAGAAAAGGGAAGUGAUGUGAUUAGACCGGUGACCAGUAUUUUCAGUGUGUUCGAACUUCCUAAUCUGUGUUGAACCAAAUGAGUCCCUGCAACAACAAUUUGCUGUUCAGCUUAUAAGAUUGCAUCCCUACAAAAAAACCCCAGGGUGAUUAUGCCAGCUGUACUAGGAACGCCCUACAUCCCAUGGUUCAGAGUUUAGAUGAGUUGGCUUUUUGUUUAGUUUUUCUUGCCUUUGAAAUCCUGUUUAGUCUUACUUUCACCACCUGAUUUUGCUGUCUGGGAAGCCAAGAUUCUGCCCUUGUAAUUUGCACAUGUCCUUCUGUACAGUCUGUAUCAAAGAAAUACUGCACAGGUAAAGCAUACGUGACAGUCAGUGGGUGCCCUCUUGAUCCUGGUGCACAUCACUUCCCAGCAAUGCUGCUUUCUGGGAAAGGCAAGUUAUACUUGAUCCCAAGUUAGAAUCAACCUGUAUGAAACUGCCACUUUUGUCUUAGUCAUUGCCAUGUUACCAAAAAGUACAAAAUCAAGGGAAGGAAUUCAUAUGGGAGGAGGAACAUCAUACCUGCACCUCUUUGGUUUGAUGCUGUUUCUUUCAUUAUGCUGCGUUACCUUUGAAGCUCAUACAAAAUGUUUUCGUUUUGGCUGGGUGUGGAUUACUGAAAGCAGUUUGACACGCCCAGGUCCCAUGUUCUGUCAGUACAUGAAUGCCAUGUUAGAUGACCUUAACCUAUUUAUCUAAAAAUGUUUUGAAAUGCCAUUUAUAUUUUUAUAGAGGAUAGAAAAAGUUCUGCUUAACCAGAUAACAUUUGUGUGGAUGCUUACCUGAAGACGUGUCCUUUCGUGGAAGACCCUUCGUUAUUUUCCCAGCCAGGACAAUUAUUUCACUGUCUUAAUCUAUGGAUUUAAACUGUACAAAGACAGAUGUGACAUUUGUACUUCCUGACAAUAUGUGCCACCUUAUAGUUCUGUCUAUUUUUUGAAUGGAUUGAAUAAAAUUCUAGGCGCAAGCCACCCAUG